AUGAAGUCACAGAUGAAAGACAUACGAAUGCAAAUGGAAGAAAACGAAGACUUGAACGUGUUAAUGAGCGGAUUACGAGGAACGAAUAUCGACCAGUCAGAUUUUGCUGAACAAGGCGUUGAGAUGAAAGUGAUUGAUUUCGAUAAAUACGACGAUGGGACCAACGAAGAUAAACUACCUCUGGUAUACGACCCCGAAGCUAUUGAGCGUUAUUGGUCGAAACGAUCCGGUGCGGUCGUUCAAAGAGCAUUUCAACUCGCCACAAUCGGUGGAGGAUUUAUCAGCGGCUUGGUCGCCGACUUCAUUACGAAGAAAACGGAGGAAAAUUCCGUGAAGCGAGCGAUUCAACUUCGAGAAAUCGUCACGUCGUUAGGGCCGGCAUACAUCAAACUCGGUCAAGCGCUCGCAAUUCGUCCAGAUUUACUCGGUCCGCAAGCUAUGGUUGAGUUGCAAAAAUUGUGCGAUAAAGUGCCUUCGUUCGAUAACGAGCUCGCUUUUCAGACGCUCGAGAACGAGUUGGGAUGUAAAUGGCAAGACGUGUAUUCCGAACUCGGACCGGAACCAGUCGCCGCGGCUAGUUUAGGACAGGUGUACAAAGGUGUCCUUAAAAGUAACGGAGCGACCGUUGCGGUAAAAGUUCAGCGACCGGCAGUGUUGGAAACAGUAUCGAUUGAUUUAUUCGUUUUGCGACGCAUCGGAUUAUUCCUUCGCACGGUUGAAGGAUUCAACACCGACGUCGUCGCGCUUUUAGACGAAUGGGCUUUGCGAUUCUUCGAGGAGCUUGAUUACGUCAACGAAGGUCAAAAUCAAAUCAAGUUUGCGGAGUCUAUCAAGAAGGAUUUACCGCAAGUUGUUGUCCCGGGGACAUACAUGGAGCACACGAGGCGAAAAGUCAUCACGAGCGAAUGGCUCGAAGGCGAGAAACUCUCGCAAAGUACCGCGGACGAUGUCGGAGAUUUAGUGAAAGUUGGUGUCAUUUGCUAUCUGAAACAGCUCCUCGAUACCGGGUUUUUCCACGCGGAUCCUCACCCGGGGAAUUUGAUUCGCACUCCGGACGGAAGACUCGCUAUUUUAGAUUUCGGUUUGAUGACGCAAAUUGACGAAAACAUUAAAUACGGCAUGAUUGAAGCUAUUUCGCACUUGAUCCAUCGCGAUUACGACGCCAUCGUGAAUGACUUCGUGACGCUCGAUUUCAUCGAAGAAGGCACGGACUUGUCGCCUCUUUCGGCGCCACUCGGGAGAGUUUUCGAUCAAGCGCUCGAAGGCGGCGGGGCCAAGAGCAUAAACUUUCAAGAGCUCGCGGCUGAUCUCGCACAAAUUACGUUCGAUUUUCCGUUUCGAAUUCCGCCGUAUUUUGCGAUUAUUAUUCGUGCAAUUGGUGUCUUGGAAGGUAUCGCGCUCGUCGGUGAUCCAGACUUUGCGCUCGUCGACGAAGCGUAUCCGUAUUUAUCGAAACGUUUGUUGACGUCAAACGACGACGCGCGAUUACAGGAGGCUCUUCGCUAUAUGGUCUACGGGAAGUCUACUGUAUUUGACGCCGACCGCUUGAUUGAUUUACUCGAAGCCUUGGAAAGCUUUAAAAGAGACGUCUCGACGUCUUCGGGCGUCUCCGCCGAGGCGAGCGCAAACUUGGAAAAGAAAACAUCGCGAGAAGCUUUGCAAUUCGUUUUAUCUCCGCAAGGUAGUUUCUUCCGCGAAUUUCUUCUUGAUGAAGUAGUCAAGGGCGUGGACGCCUUGAGCAGAGAAUCUGCGGUGGCAGUGUUAACCAGCGUUGGCUUGAAAGACGCGAGAAUUCCCAUUUUAUUUCCCGUUCUCGGGUUGCCGAAUAGCAUCGCUUUGGCCCCGAAAGUCACGCAAGAGGAUAAAGAUACCGCAGAAAACGUGACGAAACUUUUGAACUUUUUACUCGGCCGAAGUGGUAAUAGUUCAGGUUCGAAUGAAAACGCAUUUACGCGAGAGACGUUCGAGGAAAUGCGCCCGUUUUUGCCCGCCGUUGCGAACCAAAUUCUGCCGACGCUCGUCGAACGCCUGUCGUCCAGGUUAGCGGCGCGAGCCGUUCGGGAGAUUUUCGCGUAA